AUGCAUUUGGACUCUGCAGACGACGAGGUCUCAAGCUCUGCAUCAUCCAUUUUUCUUGGCGGCGGGUUGCCCGCAGUCUGGCUGGGCGAUGACGACGAUGGAAGUCUUUCAGCUCUUCACACAGACGGGAAGACCUCUGACAAAAAAGAAACGAAGAGCGUCGAUGAUGGCCGCUCGGAGUCCCUACUUAACGACACGCAUCAAGAGCUCGAGCGGUCACAGGAGACAAACCCUGCGGCUGCCACAUCCCUUGCUCUUCGUUUUCAGCGUGGAGAGGCUUUUGAGGUGCGAGGUUCCGCUGGUUUCGUCCUUCACCAGAUUGGCCAAUGCAUGCCUUGCCUCUACCACACGCGAAAAGCAGAUGGAUGCCACAAAGGUGACAACUGUGACCACUGCCAUUUCUGCACCAAGAGAGAAGCCAAGGCGCGGCGUAAUCGAAUACAGCUCGAGGCACAAAAGGCUCAGAGGCGAGCUUCCCGAACCAGCGGAAAUGCGGCUGGUGAGUCGAAGGGAUGCGAGAUCCAGCAGCUCAGUGGCCAUUGGGUGGAGCUGCGGUUUCUUCCGCAGAUAAUUCCGGGUGUAGUUGUGGAUUCACUUGCAGCGGCCACCGUCGCAGACAUGAGCCAUGGCAUAGGCAUAGCGGCGAUGGCCAGCAUUGAGUUUUUGCGCACUCGGUCGACCAUGACCGAGGAACCCCGCUACGUUUCACCAAGCAGGCGCUUUUUCGCACCGCCGAGAGCGACAUCGUUUCACCAAAGAGGCGACAUCUGCAGCCUUGUUUUUGGUUCGAGCUAUGCGCGCCUUGCUUGGAGACGUGCUUCCGGGGCUGCCACAGCUGCCGGCUGCGCAGUCGGCUCGGAGUUCCGACGACGAGGACCUUUUUCCGCACUCACGGUCUCUUCCAGUCACCAGCGGGCGGAGCCAGCUCGGAAAGGCCCAGACCGAGGAUUUGGAGCUACUUACCACGAAGGAUCUUCUGGAGCAUCUGCGGCGCUGUGGCACGGAGAGCACAGAACCUCGCAGCGUCUCGCAUUCCACGGCAGCUUCCUCCGGCGACGAGCAAAAGCCGACUGCCGCCAAGCGACCCCAAUACCGCUCACUGGUCCCAGACAUCACGAAGGGCCAGGAGGCGGGACGGACGCGUGGCGAGUUGGUGCCAUCCCCAGUGUAGACGGCGUAGCGCCAGUCCAUUUCCGAAAGUUUCUUGUCUGGGUCAUCCGAGGAAUGGGGAAGGUGCACAUUUGUACAAAUGACAACUCUUCACAAAAGCCCGUAGCUCACUGGGUGACUGGGGCGACGCAGCUGUUCCAGCUGCUCCCCGAGCCGCCUUUGCGCAGUUCGAGCCCAACAGACUUCCGCGCAAAUGAAAUGAGCCGGUUGUACGUGUCGGCUCAUGGUGCUGUGAAUGUCAGAGACUUUCAACAGCUUGUUCGGCCCGUCGCGCGUGCUGUGCGUGUGCGGCGCUUUGCUGCCACAGCGGAGGCAAGGCGGCUCUGGCGUUGGGGUGCCACUGACUCCGGCUUCCUGACACAGGCUGAGGCGCCAGAGAAGUCGACGCAGCCUUCGCUGGAGGCAGAGAAAGGCAUCGAGACAGCUGCAUGCGGAUCAAGUCACUCUGCUUUCGUGGCUGGUGGUCGGCUGUACGCCUAUGGCUCCAACAAGUACAGCCAGCUUGGGCGGGAGAUCUCCGGAGCCUCCACGCAGGAGCCGGUCCAGAUAGAGAUGGAUCUGGCCGUGCGACAGGUGGCCCUGGGCGCGUACCACUCCGCCUGUGUCUGUGAGGACGGCUCGCUCUGGACUUGGGGGUGGGGCGGCGGCUUCUUCCAUGGGGCCGGAGCUCUUGGACUUGGCCACCGGGACUCGGCUACCACCCCACAGAAGGUGGAGCAGUUCGCGCAGCAUGGUCAAAAGAUUAGCUCAGUGGCCUGUGGAGCGCAACACACGCUUGUGCUCACCACGGACGGUCACCUCUACGCCACUGGAAAAGGUGACUUCGGCCGCCUCGGCCGUGGCGACACCUCCGAUGAAAUCGACUUCCAUGAGAUAGACUACUUUGAGCACACAAACGACUCCAUCCUUUCACCCGGGGAGGAGGCGAAGAUCGUCAAGAUAGGUGCUGGUGAGAAUUUUUCGGCUGCCAUGUCCCAGCAGGGUGAGCUCUGGGUGUGGGGCCGAAACGACUACGGACAGCUGGGCCUCGGUGAGGAGGCCAUGGGCGAUAUGUACUCGGCAGAGCGCUUUCCGAGACUUGUGCGCAGCCUUCCCAGCGAAGGGCACCGCAUCGUGGACUUUGCCUGCGGCGAGCACCAUGUGGUGGUCCUUACGUCCGACGGCGUCCUCUUCGAGUGGGGUGACCGCACCUGGCUCGAGCCGCACAGAGUCUCGCCACCGCAGGUGGAAGACGAGGACUUCCGGGACAUCGUCAAGGUUGCUGCCGGGGACAAGUAUAGUUUCGCCCUCACCGCCAGCGGCAAGCUUUUCACUUGGGGCUCCAAGAGCAGUGGCUGCAUGGUCCUCGGCGCAGAGGGCCCGAAGAAUGUGGUGGAGCCCACACAGAUUUCGUCCGAGGUCUUUCAGCACCAGAAGCUGUUGGAUGUCGCCGCAGCAAAGGGCAGGUGUCUGGCCAUCAGCGAGGAAGCCGAAUAUGUGAGCUAG